GGAAUGCACUAUUUUAUGAUUAUGAUCAUGCAAGGAACUGUGCAACUUGCAAGGUAUUUAUGAUUACAAGAUAUACUACAAAAUUCACUGAACAGUAAAUGUUGACAGAUCAUUCAUUUAAUUUUGUUAUAAUUUAUUCACAAAAAUAUACAUGCCACACUGUUCAUAACUGUCAUAUGAGGUGGCAGAUCUGAAGUCUUAGAAUCUUGAGAUGAUUUUGGCUAUGGUACAAAAUAUUUCAUUCACAACAUUUACACUUACUGGUUUUCAUGAUUUGGGAGAAUGGGGGACCAUUCUAUCCAUUCCCUAUCUUGUUAUGUUUUUAAUGUCUACUACGUUAAAUCUUAUACUCAUAUAUUUAAUUAUAUCACAGAGGGCUCUUCAUUCUCCUAUGUGCAUUCUAAUUGGUCUUAUGGCAGUGUUGGACCUCUCUUGGCCAGUAUUUUGUAUACCAAAUAUGCUGCUAAGCUUCUUAUUUAACUGGAAAGGAAUUUCAUUAGAGGGCUGUUUGGUGCAAAUGUUUUGCAUUCAUCUUCUUGGUACAUUUCAUUCUACUAUACUGCUGUGGAUGGCUCUGGAUCGUUUUUUUGCUAUAUGUAGGCCUCUUUAUUACCACAAAUACAUGGGAAUGGCAAAUUUUCUGAAAUUCAUUAUUUUUCCAGUUAUCAGAAAUGUGUUCUUAAUUACCACAAUGGUUUCUUGGGCUGGGAAAUUGACUUUCUGUACAACAAAUGAGAUAGAUCACUGUUUUUGUGAACACAUGGCAUUAGUUCAGCUUGCAUGUGGGGAUAUUUACAUUAAUAAUGCAUUAGGGCUUUUGACUAUUUUUCUUACAAUAACUGCUGAUUUUAUUUUAAUUACAAUAUCAUAUAUAGUAAUACUUUCUUCUGUUCUAAGAUCUGACAAAUCCUGUUUAAAGGCUUUUAACACCUGCAUUACUCAUAUUAUUGUCAUGACAGUUAGUCUGGUUUUUGCUUUGAUUGCCUUUAUGUCAUAUAGAAUAAGAAACAAGUUCUCUCCUUCCAGCCGUGUCUUCAUGAGCACAAUGUACUUGCUUUUUCCAAGCUGUUUUAAUCCAAUUAUUUAUGGAAUAAGAACCAAAGAAAUAAGAGAACAGUUUCUGAAAAUUUUGAACCAUGUUAAGGUCUUUCCCAAGUAGACAUAUUAUGUAUGUGGCAUUUCAUAUUAAUCAUUCCUUUACAACAACCAUGUUACUAUAUAAUAAAAACAAAAUUAUAUAUUUUUGCUUUUAUAUAAUUGCAUUGUAAUUUAAGUUAUCUGAAAUGAAUUUUUAAAUUAAUAAACUAAACAAAUUAAGUUGGUUCCAACAAACUAAGAAUGUAGACUUUCAUUUGGUGUCUGUGAUUUGUAAAUUGAUUUUUAACACUUUUGGAGAGGAGUGAAAGGAAUUUAAACUGGCGUUUUAGCUCUUGGUGACCAUGGCUUUGCAAGUGUAUCCUCCCCAUUGGUUAGCUAGUUCAACAAUAUUGCCUGCCAACUGCCAACUGGUGUUUUGAAUGGUUCAUUGUGAUAUCUUCUCCCUUCCCCCCUGGAGGUUAUU